UGCUAUAAAUCUAGAUUAACUUCAUAAAUGAAUGUGUGCGCAAUAAAUCAACUUACAAAAAUUAAAAAACAAUUCUCAUUUGUUUUGGUUGUGUAUCAAAAAAUUAAUAUUUUACAGAGCUAUAAAAAUAAAAUACGACGACGUUUUCACCACUCGGAAGUGUAUAAUAUAAAAACCCCGUUUGCACAUCUUAGAUUCAUCAAAACAUGGCGGAGUGCAUCUACCACCAGCUCAAAUCUCAGCCCACAUGGAUUCUCAUCCUCCUCUCACUCGGCUCCAUAUCCCUCCUCAAACUCUCAUUUUCGAUCAUUAUUUGGGUCUACGUCAAUUUCAUCCGACCCGGAAAGAAUCUCAAGAAAUACGGGUCAUGGGCUUUAAUCACCGGCCCCACCGACGGCAUCGGAAAAGCCUUCGCUUUUCAGCUGGCAAGGAAAGGCCUCAACUUAGUCCUAGUUGGAAGAAACCCGGACAAACUGAAGGAGGUCUCUGAAUCAAUCAAGUCCAAAUCCGGGUCGACCCAGAUCAAAAAUGUGGUGGUGGACUUCUCCGGUGACCUAGACGACGGCGUUUCGAGGAUUAAGGAAGCAAUUGAAGGUCUGGAUGUUGGGCUUUUGAUUAAUAACGUCGGCGUGUCGUAUCCUUAUGCGAGAUUCUUCCAUGAAGUGGACGAAAAGCUGUUGUCUGAUCUGAUUAAGGUUAAUAUCGAGGGUACCACAAAAGUCACUCAGGCUGUUUUGCCGGCCAUGGUGAAAAGGAAAAAGGGGGCUAUUGUUAAUAUUGGUUCUGGUGCUGCUAUUGUUAUUCCUUCUGAUCCACUUUACUCUGUUUAUGCUGCUACCAAAGCGUAUGUUGAUCAGUUCUCAAGAUGCCUGUAUGUGGAGUACAAGAAUAGUGGGAUUGAUGUGCAAUGUCAGGUACCUUUGUACGUUGCUACGAAAAUGGCAUCAAUCAAAAGGUCGUCUUUCUUUGUUCCGUCAACAGACGGUUACGCUCGUGCAGCACUGCGUUGGAUUGGGUAUGAACCACGUUGCACUCCGUACUGGCCACAUUCUAUUUUGUGGGCUUUGGCUAAUUCUUUGCCUGAGUCGGCCAUUGAUGCUUGGCGUCUCAAGUUCUGCUUAGCUAUUAGAAAGAGAGGACAGCUCAAGGACUCCAAGAAAAUCGAAUAGAAGUAUUCGUAUGCCUCUUCCAUUCAAUUUAUGUACUCAUGAUUCAUCUUUCCUGUUUUCGUUCAAGAGUUUGUGUGAGACGAUUAAUUAUAUGUAAGACUGAUACAUCUCUCGUGUUAGAACUAUGAUUCUAUUUCUUUUGUCGGACAAGUGCGUUUGUGUUGUAAUGAACGAGUUGAAAUUUCUCAUUAACACGUUUAUUUUCGUGUU